AUGGCCGAUCUAGCAUCUCUCCCAAAAGACUGGAUCCUCACCUCAAGCCAGUUUACCAGAAAGGCUCACACCAAUGUUUACCCUGCCAUUCAUCCAGGAAAAGCGGAUAACUCUCUCAAAGGGAAGACGGUGGUUGUCACCGGCGCCAGUCGCGGGAUUGGGGCUCGAGGCAUUGCACCGGCCUUUGUCGAAGCCGGCGUCAAAGCCAUCGUACUCAUAGCUACAAAUCCAGCCAAACUGGUGAACGUUGAGGAGGAACUGAAGAUGAUCAACCCGGAUCUUGAAACCCUUUCUCUGAGUGUGGAUGUCUCAUCGCGUGACCAAGUUGCUAAGGCCUGGCUUGGGAUCAAAGCCAGAUAUCAUAGGGUUGAUAUCCUGGUCAAUAACGCUGGUGUGGAAAGUACCGACAGUGACAAGACCCAUGAGCAGGAUCCGGAUAUCUUUUUCAGAAACUUUGAAGUCAAUGUCAAAGGCACCCAUAUCAUGACACAACAGUUUCUGAAAGCCGCGGUUUCGUGGGCCACGACCGCUAACCCUGCCAGGGUUAUCAACAUGUCCAGCUCGAGCGCCUGGGGAACUUGGCCUUUCCUAGCCGCAUACUCUAACAGCAAAGCUGCCCUGAUCCACUACACCACGACGCUUGCCGCCUCCUAUCCAGGCAUGGUGCUCGCCAUUGCAGUCAAUCCCGGUCUUAACGAUACCGAUAUUAUCCCCCAAACCCUUCGAGCGGCUGGAUUCAACUUCAACGACCCAGCCCUAACAGGGGCUACCUUGGUUUGGCUGACGGCGGACCCAGUGAGGAGUCAGUUUUUAAAUGGAAGGGUGGUCACGGUUGAGUGGGAUGUUGAGGAACUGAUGGCCAGGAAGGAAGAGAUUACGAAGAAUAAUCUCUUGACUAUGCAACUCAAUGCAGUAUUGGGGAAAGGUCAGUUUGCAGAUUAA